UUCGUUUCAAUUCACGUGGAUUCUCGGUGGCUGUUCUUUGCAAGCUAGACAAUUAUCGUAUUGUUGUUUGCUAUACGAAGACGCCAGAGUAUUAAAUGCAAUUGCCUUGGCAAGGUUUCCUUUAUUUUCAACGGAGAAAGUGGAGGCCAAGAACCGACAUUCACCAUAAAACUCUUGACACACAGCUCAAAGGUGUGAAUGACAAAGUGUUCUCAGAAUGGGUCUCGAAACAUUCCUGACAUCGUACGGAUCGAUCGUGAGAGAAUUCGUAACUAAUUGUACAGAAAUUUCACACGUAACCCGACGACAUACACGGUUGGACGAACCGUGCCGGCGGGAUUGGACCCGCAGGACGUCUGCCGUGUCUGACGAGAAAUCGACGCCGGGGCCAGGUCGAUGUGCACAACUCCGGGGGAAUGUGCUGAAACUCCACGUCUGUCGGUGGCAGUUCCAGUGGAGGAGGAGUUCAUAUGGAAUGGCAUCACGUGGACCCUCGGCGACGACGCUGCCAAUCGCGAUAGCGAUGGCCGUCGCGAUGUCAGUCGUUGCAAAUGGUCUCUGUCCGACGCAAUGUCGCUGCGACGACGAGAGCUUGCGCGCGUCCUGCGCUUACGCGGGCCUCGAAGUCGUUCCAAUUCAAUUGAACCCGGAGAUCAAGCAUCUGGACCUGUCCAACAACCGUGUCGGGAACAUUCAUCUCUCGUUCGGUUUCUACGGUAACCUGGAGACCCUCGAUCUCACCUCGAAUGCCAUCCACACGCUGGGCUCGGACAAUUUUAUCUUCCAAAGGAACCUGGUAGGUCUGAACGUGAGCAGCAACGCGAUCAGAGCGUUGGCGAAGAACGCGUUGCAAGGCAUGGACGCUCUGAAGGAGCUGAACCUGGCCAGCAACAACAUCUCCGACAUGGACGAGCAAGCGUUCAAGAGCACCAGCGAGCUGGAGGUGUUGAAUCUCAGCGACAACUCUAUCACCAGUCUGCCUGACGGGCUGCUGAGGAACCUGCACAAGAUUCGCACUCUCGUUCUAAACAGAAACUCGCUGCUCGAAAUCCCGACGGACAAUUUGGCGUUGGCGCCCAGUUUAGAGAACGUGGAUCUGUCCGACAAUCUUAUCCAGGAACUGGACAGGGACUCGUUGCCCUCGUUGCCGUCGUUAGUCUCGCUGGAUCUGGCGAACAACGUUAUUAGAAACAUCGCUGACGACGCGUUCGACCGUCUGCCGGGUCUUCUGCGGCUGGAUAUCUCCAGGAAUAACCUAACGUCCGUGCCCACGUCCGCGUUGGCUAGAUUGAACGUUCUGUCGCACCUGGUGCUCAGCCGGAACCCGUUGGGCAGCCUGGAAGCGGUGGGAUUCCGAAAUCUCUUCGAGCUUAGGAGCCUCGAGCUGAACGACUGCACGCUCGUCAGCGUCCACGCGAGGGCAUUCGCCGACAACGUGAACCUCGAGCGUAUCUCGUUGGACGGGAAUCGGGGCUUGAAGGAACUGCCCGCCAGGGUUCUCUACAGCGCGAGAUAUCUGAAAUGGGUGUCCCUGCGUCGAUGCAGCCUCACCACCCUGCAACCCACGCAGUUUCCCGUCGACGGACUGUCGUCCCUUCGCGUCGGCGGGAAUCCCCUCGUUUGCAAUUGCUCCGUGCAUUGGCUGUGGAACGUUAUCAGGACGGAAGAACGACGGAACGAGUCCAGGCUCGAACUGGAUACCCGCGAUAUUAUCUGUAACGACGAGGAGUUCGCCGGUAAAGCCUUAAUCGCUCUGUCGGAGGGCUCGCUGCGGUGUCGUCUCAGUCCUCUCUAUCUCUCGUUGUCGGCCGCCGGCUGUUUGGCCGCCACGGCGACCAUUCUCGCGCUGAUAGCGCAUCUGACGCGUACGAAAAGGAAGAAACGACUGGCGUACGCCGCCCCCAAUCGGCCGGAGUUCCUCGUCUACGUGGGUCGGAACAACGACGAGCUGGACAAGAACGCCGAGUCGUACAGCAGACGGCUGCUGGCCAGGAACGAGGACACCCCGUACGACACGCCGCGCGGCAAGAUCGGCCAACCGAGCCCCCCUCGGUCGCAGGACACGAACAUCUACGAGACGCCCAGCGAAGCCCCGCCGUCAGGCCGUUGGGAGUCCGCGACGAGGCCUUCGCGAGAAACGGAGCGGCUACCUCAAGCAAAAGGAUUGACGAGAAGCGAGUUUAAAAGGAAUAGAAGAAGAAGAAGCAAUCGCGUUAACGCGUUCCUCUGCGCCUAGGCGUACGUUCAAGGGAGCAAAAAAGACACGCGUUAUAGAGUUCGUAAACUGGACGACGGUCCCUUUACUCCUUUUUCAACGGCGAUCGGCCGUAGGAGGACCGUUUUACAGUCGUCUUGUAAAUUGAAGCAAUAAUAGACGCGACCUUUACCAGUAGACACAUUACAACACCGCGUAUAUUUAGAGACGAAAUUACACGUUUAUACAGACCUAAGCGUAUAUAUAUAUAUAUAUAUAAAUAAUAUAUAUAUAUUUAUUUAUUAAUUUAUGAUGUUAAGUUUGGAAAGAUGUUACGUUUUGAAUACGAAUGAAAAGGAAAAAAAAAAAUAUACACGACGAUAAUGCGUACGUACGCGUACCUCGUGAAAAUUGUCGCGAUCUCGAAUACGCGCGCGGAAACACCGUGCGCGGGUGUAACGCGUCGCGGGGAAAACGACCGAGGACCGUUGUACGCGGAGCGGGAUGCUCCGAAAUCCGUCUGUGCGUGUUUCGCCGUCGAGCGCGCCCUCAAAACGCAUACGCAUCCCCCUGGAAAUUUUACGCGGCACCAGAACCCACGCUGAUUAUAAUCGCCCACUGUGACACAGUUCCUCGAGGGGAAGUCCCAACGUGAAAUAUUCAUUUCUCCGCUGUACACCUUUAGCCCGGGCGGUCCAGAAACGUUUGGAUCCCCGCAUAAUUAGUUUAGGGAACGACCAUUCCAUCUGGCACUCGUCGACACGAUCAACCCAUUAACCCAUUCAGCCAUUUCGGCUAAUGCAUCGACCCCGAUUUUUAUUAACGUUUCCCAUCUUAACCGAAGAGAUCGUAUACAAUUUGAAUAGAGUCAAAGUCGGGGUGGAAAUUGUUUCUAAAUAUAUUACACUGUAUAUUUUGAGAAGAAACAGAAAAAUAAAGUUUACAGUAAAUAUUUAGCACGAGACCAGUGGGGUGAGAGCAAACAUGGUGAACUAUCGACGUUGCUCGGACAAAAAUUUUGUUUGCCCUCUUUUGAAACCUUUUCGAACGCGUCUUGUGAAUUUUUCAGCGUCGAACCCGAAUCUGUUGAUAAAAAUUUCGCGAAAUUCCCGUUUCAAAGUAUGGAUUCGACGCGCGAAAAUCCAUAAUGAACACACCUGUUUUUGUUAGAGAUGGGAUUUCUAUGUCGAGUAAUCAGUGUGCCCAAUUCCGCGCCCCUCGUGCAAUUUCCUCGCGAGCCCCCCUCGCGCACCCCGACCGGUGGCGUUGAAUUUUAACAGUUCCCCUGAUACCCCGUCGCUUAAUUUACGUUACCGUUCUGCCGCGCGGGUGGCGGCAUAAAAAAUUUACGCGGCUAAACGAGGACGAGGGGAGGAUAGGGGGAUGAAAUAUUCGUGCCACCUGUAAGAACGUGAUUCUAACGAAAUCGGGUGGGACGUUCGGCGUUCGCGUAUCUCUUCCGUAACGUUGCCCCUCAUCGAGUCACGCCGGGUCCAGACACCUCUGAAAAAUUCAUUUGACAUUCCGGCCGAUUCGGGGACGAAUCGAGGGUGAAAACGUCUCAGUAACGCGACGGCACCACUGACCUAGUGGAUACGGUCACGACUUCUGUGGAUCUUCUUGUGCCGUCCAUCACUCGGAAGUUGCGAAGUUCCCGAUACGGAGUUUGCGACCAAUCGCGACGAAUCAGCUGGAAACUUAUUCGCAGCGACGGGAUCCUCCUGGCAAUCUGGUUACGCCGAGGAUUUUCCAUUUCCCAUUUCAUGUUCCGUCGGGUAAGCUUUCGUCCUCCCCUGCGAUUGACGCCGAUAAAACCACUAGCCAUCGCGACGUCUCGGUUACGGAGAACUUUAUUCCGCGCUGCACUUACGGGGAUAACGUCACAGGUGUCCCCGCCAUUUUGCAAAGAAACGUCUGACGCUCGAGGGGCGAUCCCUGAUUAAGUUACGAAGUAUCUUUCGAUCCGUUCGACGUUCGAAAAAGUUACGAAAUCUUAAGCCAAAGUAAAUAAGAACGUUCAAAUCGUGGGAAAAGUUUCGAAUAUAUACUUUUGCAUAUUUUUACAACAUCUUAUUGUGUAAAGAGAACUUGAACGAUGGUGAGAAAUGAGAAUGAGUCGAGGAAGGAAUAAUAGAGUAUUUUUUUCCUUUUUUAAGUUUUGUGCCCCGGUUUAUCUCGUAUAACAAGAUUCAAGAGACUUACGAAAACACGUUAUGUAAUUCGCAACUGCUUUCUCUUUCGACAAAUAUUGCGGCAAAAGUAACAGCUCGGGGUGUAUUGUCGCAAUAAAAUGACGAGGAACCGUCGACGUGUCGGCAAUCCAAAUAAGGGUCGACGGAUAAAAAGUACAGGGAAAGUAACCUAGCCGCGGGAGGCGAAACGUAUGUAAAUAUAAAAUAUUUCGGAAUAUACCAAUCAUAACAAAUAUCAUAUUUCAGCGGUGAAAAUUUUUCACAGCUUAUUUGAAAUCGUUGCCUUGUACGGGACAAGAGAUAUUCGACUGAUAAAUAAUCGAACGAACUUGGUUUAUUAUAAGAAUUACUGGAAUACAAAAACAACUGUCUGAGCAACGAGGUCGUAUCAGGUCAUAUGUUUAUAAAUAUGAACUUAACAUUUUAUUUUAGCGUGUUGAAUUCAACCAACACGUUUAAGAACAUCGUUCUAUUUCAGAUUUGAAAAGCCAGUAAUAUUUUACUUACUAAUUUUACGUAUGUAUUCGUAUAGGUACAGUGGAAAUGGAAGGGUGAUAAUCACCCGCUAGAAAUUAGGGAAAGAGUCUAAUUGUAAAAGGAAAGUGACGUCUGGGAUCUUCCUCUCGUUAGACGUCGAGCACACGGAAAUUUUCAUUAGCUGUAUCGGGAACGAACGGCACGAUUUCGCUCGCGCGAUGAUGUUGAUACUCGGGGAUCGAUCGGUCCAGAUUAGAUGAGCGCGUUUGAAGGCGAACGGAGCGCAGGACAAAGAGCAAAGGGAAUGAGGUUAAAGCCAGAACGGUAGAGACGCUCGUAGCAGCGGAAGAAAUAGAUUAAGGACCAAUUAAAAUAAAAGCGAGGCGGACUGGUUGGAAAAAGCGAGAAGGCUCCUGGACCACCCUCUGACAGCCGAAAAUAUUAGAGUCGGGAGCGUUUCGUUCGACCUACCUUCCCGCUCGGUUAGCCAAGAUUCUUCGGUGGCACUUCGCCCGACUCGUUAGUCAUGGUAGUUAGUCAUGCUAGAUGGAUCCUGGCUGAAGAACGAAGACGGUUGGAAAAAAAAAAAAAAGAGGGCGGUCGCGCGAAGUGGCGAAGGGCUCGAUCGCGCGAAGGGGUUCGAAGCAGAGCUCGAGACAGACAGGGACAAAAAUUCUUAGACCUUUCUUCGUCGCAGUGUUUUAUCAGAAGCUACAGAAUCGUAAUAAAAAAAAAGAAAUUACAGAUCCAUAAUUUAGACUAAGAAACGAGGCACUCGAGUCAUUAGAAACGAGACGUUUCUCCACAUUGAAUCACCGGCUUCGAUGAUUUUCUUCCAUAGUUAAGGGGUUAGAGUCGACGCAAAUUACAAUGUAUAGCAGGCCCGAAGAGGUGAAAUUACUCGAAUGGUGGCAACCCCGGUUCGAAGUAGGGCAGGGACUGUUUAAAUAAUUUACUAUUUGGAUAUUCGACAAGUAUUCGUACGCCACGGAUAAAAUUCGAAGAUUUACUACCUAGACACAGUACCUCCGUGACUCGAAUGCUCUACCAUGUCCUUAUAGAUUAUCCCCUUUAUGGAAACAUUCUUCUACAAAGAUUAAAACUGAUUCUGACUGCCACGGUGUUCGUUCGUGUCUAAUGAUAGCAUCGAGGCAUAACCGUGUGGGGCUAAUCACAGAAACGAGACGUGAAAUAAUUCAUAAAAAAAGCGAUGUAUCAUUAGCAAGAAUGGGCAUGAGAGAACUUCUCCAAGAAUAAUUAAAGUAUUCGUAUCGUUUGUUGAUGAAAUAUGGCCGUUUCCUUCGAACCGUAGUCGUUCCACACAAUAAAAUUCCGCCAUCGAAGCGUUCAGAUAUUCGAGAAGCAUCAGCCCCAGUUCGAAGCAGCUUCUCCGUCGCCCGUUUCCUCUUCCUUUCCACGCGGCGGCAUCCCUUUUCCGGCUACGUUUCAAGGGGGGGAUUUCGAUGCGUUUGAGGCGUGCCCCGUCGACGGUUAUUUUUGUAUGUACAUAAAAAAAAACAAAAGCUACGCAACGUCGAAUGCGCGUCACGUUUCUCGCGCGCGCGUAAACGUCCGUCUGAGUGUCCUGUUGUUUAAGUGUUCGUUUUUCCCGUCUCUCUGUCUACGAUAGUAAUCUCCGCCGGUUUCAUAACA